AUAUAAUAGUGUGCUCGGCUUCACACGUAGUGCCCUACACGUCUAUUUGGAAUCCCGCCCCGGGUUAAAUAGCUUUUUUGGCUGCCCACAACUUUCACUCCGACCGAAAAUAAACUGGUUUGUCCAAGAACAGCGGUGAUUUCCCAUGGAGCGGGAUUAAAUAACACGUCCACGAGGUUCAGGGUUUUCCAGGCUGGUCUUGUUUUUAAUUAUUUUUUAAAAAUUUGUAUAAACAGUGAUGUGUAACGUGGAUGCGGAUUUUUCUCAAAGUUUGAUUUGAAUGUUUUAUGUGUUUAAAAACCCAUCCGGAGACAGUAAUGCUGCGUACUCCGUGGAUUCACUCGCUGUUAUUGAAGUGUAAACAACAACAACAACAACAACAAAUAAGCUUCUAGGGAAAGUUGUGUUGUUUUGUUUUGUAGGCAGGUAAAUUAUUGAGUAGAAAAUAGCUAGGAAUAAACGCCAAACUGGAAUAUAAAGGGAAUGUCUAAUCCAGGGGCGAGGAGAAAUGGUCCGGUGAAACUGCGGCUCACAGUUCUCUGUGCAAAGAACCUGUCAAAGAAGGACUUCUUCAGACUUCCAGACCCCUUUGCUAAAGUGGUGGUGGAUGGUUCUGGUCAGUGCCACUCGACAGACACAGUCAGGAACACACUGGACCCAAAGUGGAACCAGCACUAUGACCUUUAUAUUGGGAAGCUGGACUCAAUCACCAUCAGCGUAUGGAACCAUAAGAAGAUUCACAAGAAGCAGGGAGCAGGGUUUCUGGGCUGUGUGCGUCUCCUCUCCAAUGUCAUCAACCGCCUCAAAGACACUGGCUAUCAGAAGCUAGACCUGAACAAGCUUGGGCCAAACAAUAAUGACGCCAUCAGAGGGCAGAUAGUUGUGAGCUUGCAGUCCACAGACAGGAUAGGAACGGGAGGCCCCUUGGUGGACUGCAGCCGUCUGUUUGACAACGACUUACCGGAUGGCUGGGAGGAGAGGAGAACGGCAACAGGCAGGAUUCAGUAUCUCAAUCACAUCACACGGACAACACAAUGGGAAAGACCAACCAGGCCCGCCUCAGAUUAUGCAAAUCCCGGUCGGCCCCUCAGCUGUCUGUUGGAUGAGAACACGCCCAUCCUGAGUUCUAAUGGAGCCUCCGGCAUCACACACACCAACUCCAGAGCUCAGGAGAGACGUGUCCGCUCACAGAGGCACAGAAACUACAUGAGCAGAACACACUUACACACACCUGCUGAUCUGCCUGAGGGAUAUGAGCAGAGAACCACACAACAGGGCCAGGUCUACUUCCUCCACACACAGACCGGGGUGAGCACAUGGCAUGACCCGCGUGUGCCCAGGGAUCUCAGUAACGUGAACUGUGAAGAGCUCGGGCCGCUCCCACCAGGCUGGGAGAUUCGAAACACAGCAACGGGCCGGGUGUACUUCGUGGACCACAACAACAGGACCACACAGUUCACAGACCCGCGUCUCUCAGCUAACUUGCACUUAGUCCUCAAUCCAAGUGGAUCUCGUGGUGUGGAGAAUCCGAACCUCAGUUGUGCCCCCCAGCUGAAGGAGCAGCCUGUGCUGUGUAAUCUCCCUGAGGAGACUGAAGAGUGUUUAACUGCUCCCAAGUAUAAGCGGGAUCUGGUGCAUAAGCUGAAGGUGUUGAGGCAGGAGUUGUCUCAGCAGCAACCACAGGCUGGCCACUGUCGCAUCGAGCUCUGUAGAGAUGAGAUCUUUGAGGAGUCCUAUCGGCAGGUUAUGAAGAUGAGGCAGAAGGACUUGUGGAAGAGGCUGAUGGUGAAGUUCAGAGGAGAGGAGGGGCUUGAUUAUGGGGGCGUGGCCAGAGAAUGGCUGUACUUGUUAUCCCACGAGAUGCUCAACCCGUACUACGGUCUGUUCCAGUACUCACGUGAUGACAUCUACACACUUCAGAUCAACCCCGAUUCUGCAGUCAACCCAGAGCACCUGUCCUAUUUCCACUUUGUGGGCCGGAUCAUGGGCAUGGCGGUGUUUCAUGGCCAUUACAUCGAUGGAGGCUUCACUCUGCCCUUCUACAAACAGUUACUGGGCAAAUCCAUCACACUCGACGACAUGGAGGCCGUGGACCCAGACCUACACAACAGCCUCGUCUGGAUCCUGGAAAAUGACACCACAGGUGUACUGGACCACACAUUCUGUGUGGAGCACAGCGCUUACGGACAGAUCAUCCAGCACGAGCUUAAACCCAACGGCAAGAACAUCCCCGUCACUGAGGAGACUAAGAAAGAGUAUGUCAGACUGUAUGUGAACUGGCGCUUCCUACACGGGAUUGAAGCCCAGUUUCUGGCGCUGCAGAAAGGCUUCAACGAGGUCAUACCACAGCACCUACUCAAGGCCUUCGACGAGAAGGAGCUGGAGCUGAUCGUGUGCGGUCUGGGGAAGAUCGACAUCCACGACUGGAGGGCAAAUACGCGUCUGAAGCACUGCACGGCUGACAGCAACGUGGUGAAGUGGUUCUGGAAUGCUGUGGAGUCGUUUGAUGAGGAACGCAGAGCCAGACUCCUGCAGUUUGUCACCGGCUCAUCGCGAGUGCCUCUGCAAGGCUUCAAGGCCUUACAGGGUGCUGCCGGGCCCAGACAGUUCACCAUCCAGCAAAUUGAUGCCAGCACCAACAACCUGCCUAAAGCCCACACAUGUUUUAACCGCAUCGACAUUCCUCCCUACGAGACCUACGACAAACUAUAUGACAAGUUGCUGACUGCCAUCGAGGAGACCUGCGGCUUUGCGGUCGAAUGAGGAUAACCCCCCCGCCAACACACACACACACACACACACACACACAGCUGGAGAGUCCAACGUUGGUGUGUCACUGCAAGCUCAGAGAUUAUUACACGACAAAUACAGCAGGAAGAGGGAACGGAUGGAACCACAUGGUUACACGUUGUUGUCACCCAUCAUGCUUUUUUUUUUUUUUCUUUCUUUUCUUGUUAAUCCUUUAUCUUCUCUCAGCUGCUAUCACCAGAUCUAGAAGUUAUGUUUAGUCCAGAAGUCUUCUCUUGGCUUCAAUGAAUAAGGUGAGACUAGAAGUGAGAGAAAGUUUUGCCUCCCCUGUAUAAUAUACAUGGUCUGUAAUGAAGGCAGGGUACCAUUUUCACCUCAGUCAUGGACGUCUUCCGGACAACAGCAUCGCUCAGGCUCAUUUCUGAAACCUCCUUUUGGUUGUAACGAGAGACUUGUAGUGAAAGUAAGCAAAUUACUGAACUAUGCAGUCUUCUGACCAUAGACGUGCGUAUUCGAGCUGUGGAUACUAUGAGAGCCAUCACGCCAGCACCACGUACUCCCCCCUAUUAAUAAGUUUUCUUUUCAGUUCAAAAUUUAAAUGGGGGGAAAAAAAAAAAAUCUAGUUUAGUCCAUAAUAUACUGUGAUGUGAGUAAAUUGAUCAAGUCUGGCUAUCACAGUUACUGGAGUGGAAUACAAAAUGUAAAAAAAAGAAAAGGGGGAAAAAAAAAACGUGGUUCACACAUCACUACUUCAAAUAAUAAGUCUAGCAAGCUAAUGUACAUGUACAGAAAAGAUGAACUCUACACCCCUGUUUUAGUAACCGUGUAGAUCGCUGUUGUUUGCAGAAAACAACGGUUAGUUCGUUUAGCUAAUGAUCCGUUGAGGAAUGUUUCUCUUCACAGACCCGCGUUUAUUUUACAGCACAGCAGUAUGAAGGAGGACCAGUGUGAUCACACACUGAAUGACAUCGCCAGCUAUCUAGCGUUCUGAUGUACGUGUCUAUGAUUGUAACCAUCCAGGAUUUGGUUCAUACCUAAACAAGUCAUGCAGGAGUAAGUAAAUAGUUAAAAAAAAAAAAAGAAAAAAAAAAAAAGCAAUAACAUUUACAUGUAUUCAUUUGACCGAUUUAGUUCAAUUAAGUCAUACAGCUUGGAAGGUUAAAGGUCAUAUCCAGUGGCUCUUUAGCAGUCACAGGUAGGGAUGGGCGAUAUGACAGAUAUCACAUCACGGUACUUGAGGACAUUUCUAGAAUACACAACGUGCAUCACGAUAUAUAAUUUAGCUACUAAACUGUCUGCAAACAAAAAAAAGUAAAAUAAACAAAAACAAUUACACUGAGAUUGACGAUACUUUUCUUUAAGGUCUACAAAGACGAAGACGAUCAAGUUUAAAAAAAAAAUAAAAUAAAUUACGUCAAGUCAACGGCUUCCGUUCGGUACCAUUUAAUUUGUAAUUAUUUAAAAUGUAACAAAAAAAAAUACAUCACCAUACCAACGAUAUCUCAGAAAAGUGCGUCGCAUGAUCAUUAUAUCGAUAAAUUGAAUGGUUCAGAGCAGCAACAAACUGAUUCAGGGGCAGGAAUACCUACAAGAACUUUAUCACAUGGCAGAUUAGACGAUAGAGUGGUUUAUGGAACCCUUUAGCUACAGAACCUAUACUCAACGUUUCUACAAUACUUUGUGGAAACAUAGUUGGGCAAAAUUUAGUUUGUGGUGGCUCCCGAGUGGCACAACAGAAAAUAGAUUUGCUCAGAUUGGAUCUGCUCAGAUUGGAUCAUGUAGAAAAUGUCGAGGGUAAAUAUUACAUCAAGUUACUGAGUUUAAAAACAUCUACCGAACGAAUAAAUGUAAAUGCCCCGCAUUUUUAGCAUUGUUUGCAUUAUGAUCGGAAACGCUGAUCCUAGAUCAGCCGUCAGAACAACCCCAGAACACCUCUAGAGCACUUUAGAAAGGAGACGAGAAAAAUUAACCGGAGAGGUGGUUUUACUUCGUUUAAAUCGUGUGGCUGAUUUGUACGAGUAUACAUCCAGUAUAUCCGCAACUUUUUAUAAACGUGUGUGUUUUAUAUCUUGCUAUUUCAGGACUUCACCUCAGGUCAUGUAGGAUUGUUUUGUGUUCACUUUUAUGAGACUGGAUUUAUUUUUUCUUUUCUGGUUACGUUAUUGAGGUUGGCCAGCCAUCUUCUGUGUUAAUGAGAUCUAACUGGUUGUCAGCAUUGUUCACUCAUCAACCGUUAGCAUUUUUGGUUAAAAUACAGCGUCGAUGAGAGCACUGUGAAAAACCAGAACGUGUUCCAAAGAGCAGUUUAUCUAAUAUUUCCCCCCCGCUCUGUUAAUUUAGUCAGUCAGCUGGGCAGUGUUUGGAAUCGUUUGACGUUUGCUUCUUCGGUGUUUGAUUGAUUCUGCAAAUUGAAAUGUAGAAUCGUACCUAAACACUGCUGCUGUAAUCAGAAAGACUGCCCUAUAGGGCUCUUCUACACCUGUAUACUGUAACGAUUUAUAAUCUCAGUAUCCAGUCACCCUGAAGAGAGUCUGGUUCUGCUCAAAAGUUUCCUCCUCAUGUUGUCUCAGGGAGUUUUUUCCUUGCCACUGUUGUCUUUGGCUUGUUUGGAUUUCUGUACCGUCGCUUUGUGACCAUGUCUGUUGUUGAACGUGCUAUACAAAUAAAACCGGACCCAAUUACCGUAGCCGUAAGUAAUGGACGUGGGUCUCCGCAGACCGAACAAUGCCCGGAUCUUCACGUCUACUUCCGAGAUCCUCGUCAAAUAAACGAACGGGAUCGGUUACAGAUUUAGGUACGUUGUCUAUCAUUCGUCUACAGUUCCCGGUUUGGUUGGUCGGAUGAUCGAUAAUAAAUUCAAACUCCAGGGGAAAAAAAAAAAAAGUUUCUAUUCUAUUGUCCAAGUCCUCAUCAUGCUACGGCGUUCAUCUUCACUGUCAAACAUGAAAAAAAUCAAAUAUAUUUAUAGACUACACGUUCUCACACUGUCCUAAAUCACAUCUCUUUGAUUUGGAUUUGGUCCGGAUAUUUAUCGAAAAGAUGUCGGAUGCGCUAGACCAUCACUCGCUAGCUACAUUAGUGCAAAACUAAAGAAGCAAACGUCAGACGACAAACAUGUCUUCGCUGACUGACUACAUUUGGGGAAUAUUUGGGUUUGUAAGUGUAUAUUUCACUGAAGCUUUGCUAUAGGUUAAUGUAUCAUGUUUAUAACAUGCUUUUUAACAUUUAUAUGACUAUAGAGCUUAUAACAUUGCCCUUUUUUUUUUUUUCUUCCCAAGCAUCAAUACCCCCAAGGUUAUAUUUAGUCCAUAGAUGUGCUAAAAACCAUAAGUAUGCACAUAAGGGUGCCUUAUGAAGUAUAAAAAUAUUUUAUAUACGCUGCGGAGUGCUUUGAAGAGGUUUCAUAACGCAUGUAAUAAUUUGUGUGAGACUUUCCAUAACCGACCAUCUUCCAUUUGUUCAGUAUUGUUGUUAUUUAGAAUUGUGUCAUUAUAAUUAACACGAGCUCAGGCCGAGCGUUCAUACAGGUUGGACAACCUGCGCUCGCUCACCUCACAGCGGUUGCCUUUCUAGCAUGUUCCAGUUAACCUUUCUGUGUUUUGAUGUGAUGUUUGAAACAGUGUUUUGGGUUGGAGUGUGUGCACGCUUCAGUAUGUACAGUACGUGUGUGUACAGAGUGUGUGCGUGUUUGUGUAAAUAAGCUUGUUGCGUAUCUCAUGUUUAAUUUCAUUUGUAUUUAUUGCUGCAGCUGUUCUGCGAGCUCAUUAUCUGUAAUGUACAUAAGAGGACAUGCAGGGGGAAAGUGUUCCCGCUGUACGCCUCUAAACACGAGCAAUAAACUCCAAGCUGUUCGCAUCGGCGGUGUUUUGGUUUAAGCGCA